AUGUCCACCGCCCAGUUGAUCUGCCUCACGAUUACGGCUUACCGUAAGCCUGGGCUCGGCGAGGACGAAUACCGAGAGUACAUGACAAAUGUCCAUGCGCCGCUGGUAAGCAGCUUAAUGGAGGAAUACGGUAUUGUUCGGUAUACCAUGGCGCACAGCACCAGCCAAUCUAGGCCGAUGCUUUUUCAGCUCUACGAUCCGCAGUUCUCGAAGCUUUCCGACUACGACUGCAUUGUGCAGUUUGUCUUUCGGAAGCUCGAGGAUUUUCGGCGCAUGAAGGCCGAUCCCGAAUUCCUUGCCAAGAUCGCCCCAGAUCACGCGAAGUUCGCCGACACAACGAGAUCUACGUGA